GUGAUGACCUUCGGUCCCUUGUUGCAGGUGCUGCGAAUUUGGACACCAUAUAGAGGGUACCCUGCCAGGAAGCCAUGAGAUUGCUUCUAUGUGUGUUCUGUUUCCUUGCACUUGGAGGCAAUUCCGCUGUUCUAUUCAUCGAAGAACCGUCAAAUACCUUCGGUCUCGAAAAUCAGAAACUUCUGCUUCGAUGUGUCUAUAAAAGUGACAAAAAUGCUUCAGUCACUUGGUUCAGGAACGACGAGGAAGUAAAUCCGACCACACAUGAGGCUAAACCAUCUAUUGAAUCUUCUGACGACGGGGCCACGGUUGCUUCUCUGGCUUUUCACCUUCUUCGGCAUACUGAAGGUGACUACUUUUGCAAUGUUUCUGCAUCUGGUUUCUGGCUUGCAUCACGCAAGGCAAGUGUCCGAAUUUCAUUUCUGGGUGAACAGUUCGUGUUGGAACCGCAAGACAAGACCGUUAGCGUUGGAGAGACUGUCUUACUCGAGUGUGUUCCUCCAAUUGGACUUCCAAGGCCCCUCAUUCAGUGGUACAAAGACAAUGUGACCGUGCGUUCAGAUGAGCGGAUGCAGGUUUCGGAAACAGGAAGUCUCAGAAUAGAUAGAGUAUCUUGGAAAGAUGCCGGUCUCUACAUGUGUGUCGCUGAGUCGUUUGCUUUCCGUCGCUACAGUUCUAUGGCGAAACUUACAGUUCGACAGCGCCCCUACUUCGUUGAAUCCCCUCUCAGUCAAUCGGUCGGAAUACAUGGUUCCUUUGAGCUAUCAUGUCGGGUGGCAGGUGAACCUAUGCCGAUGAUAUUCUGGCGACGGGAACCAUCGUUUCUUGAAAUACCGUUCGACAGAACUCGGCUAUCGCUGCGGGGAACACUUCAGUUUGCGCAUGCCAGACUCGAAGAUGCCGGUGACUACGUAUGUCGUGCUGUAAGUUCAGCAGGUGUCAUUGAAGCGGUUGCCCGAAUAAGCAUUGUGUCACCUCCUGGGUUAGUCCAGACCUCUCCUAGUACGGUGUCAAUUUUGGAAGGUGAGCCCGUUGAGCUGCCUUGCAGUGCUGUUGGCUCACCCAGCCCGGAGGUUCGCUGGAUUCGUAAAAAUCCACUUAUUUACUACAUUGCCGGUUCAGAGGACCCCUCCGAAAGGAUUUUAGCCACUCGAACGGGUGUUCUAAGUAUCUCAGCGGCUAGACGGGAAGAUACUUCUCUCUAUGAGUGUCGCGCAUCUUCUCCAGCAGGCCUUACUCGAAGUAUCACGCGUCUAGAUGUCAAAGAAAAUCCCUAUAUGUAUCCUGCCAGGUUUGGUGCUCUCUCUUCCGGUCGGAUUAGCGUUCCUUCAGGAUCGUCUGCGCGGAUUACUUGCGAAUUUCCAGGUGUAAAUGGUUCCUCCACGGUUCUGUCACCAGGGAUGCAGCAUAAUAUGGGUGUCUCAAACAGUGAGGGUUUGUCAAUUACCUGGCGAAUCAAUGGAGGUCCACUGUUACAGCGCCUUGGUGCGCCCAACAGGACUAUUGUUGAGCGCUCUGGCUCUCUCGUAAUCCAUCAGGCUGGAAAACAGGACGAAGGUAACUAUACAUGCCUGAUUUUCAAUAAAAUAAGUCGGCGAUAUACAAGUUGGACAACUCAGCUACUUGUUGAUCAGAGAAAUACGCACAGUGAAUCUCAAUCACACACGAUGUUACCUGAAGCUACUAAAGUCCCGUUCAAUUUGACGGUCAUAGGUAAGGGCGAUACAUGGCUGAUGAUACAGUGGAGCGACGUACUGGAAAAGAGAUAUGAUUUUCAUGGGUAUCGGGUUUUCUAUCUACCCGUUAUGGUAGGAUUUAGACGUUCGGUCGCACUUGCAGGUCAGGACACAGAAUUAUCAGAUGUCGUCGGAAAAAGAAAGGCAAAAUCAUCGCCGUCAUUCGACGCCUGGUUAAGCUUGCCAGAACUACUGCAGCAUAAACAAGCCAGGUUAAUAAGGCUAACACCGAACACGGGGUACUGGGUUGAGGUCAGAAAGACUUUUAAAUAUGGUUAUGGUGUUGGUGCCCUACUUCCACGCAUUGUGUACACGCUGAGCCGACCAUCCGAGAUACGGCUAGCUAGCGGUGUAUCUGGGAGCAGUUUGGUGUCGUCCAAUGCAGAAUACACCCUUGAUGUGCCCUUCGGCUCUGGUAGUUCUGCGGCGGAUUUUCAGGGUCUACUUUCCAAUUUUCAAACCAUCACUUUCCACGAUGUAUCUGUUCGAAGUCUUACAUCUACGGAACUUGUAAUAAGUUGGGCAACCCGAUCUUCUAUUAACAUUCUUCAACAGAUUGAUGGUUUCAAGGUCAAUAUCAAGCCAGUCCCGAUGUCCAGAUGUAUAUCCACUGUCACUUCUACCUCUGCAAACAGAUUAUCGUUUUCGUAUUCAGAUGGACAGAAUUCAUUAAAGUUUAUUCGACGCAACGAAAGGAAAGACUGGCCGACUCAUCCAAUGCACUGCAGCCUGUCUUCUGAUGAUUUGCUGGAAAGGAUUAUGCGCAUGCCCAACGGCCCUGUUUCUACCGAUGCUCAGGUCACUCGUGCGGAUGACAGUUCCUCAAAACCUUCACCGCACACGGUGAUCGUUAUGCAUGGUGUAUCGCAGGUUAAUUCUGUUACCAGGGCAAUUGUUGGAGGUUUAGUUCCAUUCACGUGUUAUGAACUCGAUGUGGAGGCCUUUAAAGAUGACGCUGCGUAUGGUCGCAUCUCGAGUCCAGCCAGCCGUCCAGAGUUGGCCUUGACCUUAGAUGCUCCUCCGAGCCAUGCACCGAAGUUGAUGACGGUCGAUUGGAUUUCCGACGCCGUGGAUCUGGCUACAAAUUUUACACCAACCAUUCCAAACGGCGUUCGUCUCAGUUGGAGUCCUCUGGAACUCCGUUUAUCUCAUGGAGUUCUUGUGGGUUAUGUUUUGCAUUUUUUAUCAAACCAAUCGGACCACAGCCGAUCCUUCAAGGUGCCCGCCGACGUUCAUACUCGUGACGUGUUUGGUCUCGAUCCCCAUGUUGAAUACACCAUCUACUUGGCCGGUGUGACUUGUAGAGGCGAGGGUGUGCGUGGCCCAGGAUAUCGCCUGUUUCCUGCCUCUAGCUUGUUUCAAUCAGCAUAUGGUGAAGCCACACAUCCAGCGAACAUAUUAUCGACGAAGUCAAAGUUUCCACCAUGGGGCUACGGGAUAAUCAUAGGGGUUAUUGUGAUUUGGAUAUUCUUCGGCUCAAUGAUACCCAUACUGACCAGACGCAGUCCAGUAAAGCAAUCCACCGACUCCAAUAGAUCAUUUGAUCCCCGGCACCCAGAAAUAGACCGUUGCUGGCACUGGUGCAUCUUUUGCGGGAACAGCAGAUCUGAUUUAAAGCGGGGAUCCAAGGCUCCUACCAUUGACAAUCCGUUGGCAAGAAAGAGCGACAGCAACUCAAGCUAUACAUUUGCCACUGCUGUCCACAGGGAUCAGAUGGAGCUGGCUAAUUUAUUACAGAGAACUGAUUCUCACCAAACGUCUGCUUCUGAACAACACGGCGGUGACGUACCGGGGGACCAUCGGCAACUACCAGGCGGCUACUCUACGAGCGGUUCGAACUCUCGAGGUGACCCAUCUAUGCGUCAACUACCUGUCCAGCCUGAAAAGUCGAACUACCUGGCUGGUGAUGAUGCUGAAGUCUAUGCAAACAGUGACCCAUCGCUAGUCUCUGAUCCGGCAAAUAGCCUCAUAAUACAAAACUCUACAAGUUCUGGACCAAUGUAUCAUUUAUCCACGGCAGCCGUUCAAACCCCUCAACAAGUCUACUGGAAUCGCCCACAACUUCCGGAUUCCGUAAACGUGCCGUUUCCUGUGCCACCGUCAUAUCCCUUCUCAGAUCCCACCAGUCCCAAUUCGUUAAAGGCUUUCCCCACUCCUGACCUGUCAGGUGAGGUGACUAGCGGCUUUGUUUCACAAUCCGGGCGCCCCAGUCAUGACACAUUCACACAGUUGAAUGGAAGUGAUCACCAGGAUGUUUGCACGGAGGACUCGGUCCCACCUUAUGCUAGUUGCAGUGUCCUAUCAGCACCUCGGCUGCAGUACAUCAGUUCGGAUUUGUCACAGCCAUACAAUCUGGGUACCAACAAGCCUACGGAGGGUGAAUGCCUCAGUGCUGCCCUUCGCGGUCCAUCGGUAAUGUCCAAAAGCGUCAGUGGACAAAAUGUCACAGGUGGUCUUAUGGAGAGCGGCCGUUUGGAUCCGGUAGCCACUAGACAAUGGCCGAUUACUUCGCGAUUGCUACCCAGUAUCCAACCCAGUCACUGUACUCCAUACACUGCUAGUAACGGUGGCCCACAAUCUAUCCCGCCUCCACCUGAAUACCCACCACCUCCACUACCUACUGCAAAUCAGUGGGUCUAUCCCCCCGUGCACCAAACGAUCGUCUAUCCACAUUCGCCUGGCACCGGACACUCCAGUUGCGUGACGCCUGAAUACGAGGGUCAUGUUCUCCGAGGUAGCGACACAAGUGCUCUCGUUUCAAUUGAACCGGCGCAUCACUAUUCUUCGAGUGGCGUUUAUGCCCGAACACAGCAAGAGCAACCGGUAGGCAUUCCGUACCUUAACAACGGAUUGCAUCCGGUGAGCGGUUCCCGAUUCCCGCAAAUGUCCACAGUGGAGGCGAGUGCGUGUUUACAACGGCCUAGCAUGAAUCAAGCUCACUUACAUCCGACGGAAAUGCAUCCUAGUGGUUUGCUUAAAUUAGAUCGAAUGAAGCCCCGAUCCUUCUCGGCGCAGCGACUAGAAAAGUCGGCAACACCAAUUACCCGAGGUGGUAACAGCAGUACAUGUGGUGGCGGGAGCAGCAGUGGACGUUCGACAACGAGUGUCAUCGGGAGUUGUGGAAAGAAUCAGUGCCCUCGUGCCUCAAAUAGAGAUUGUGCUGUCAGUUCACUUUCGGGGAGUGACUCAUCCGGGUCAGGCCUCAAUGCUGUGCAUCACAAUCCAGCGAUCGCUCCCUCCCGCUUGUCGUCCAUGCCUGCUCAAUCGUCAGUGGCUACUUCAGUCCUCCAACACCCACCGGCUCCAGCUGACCGUUUUACGAUAGGCCUGGACCAGUUUUCCCCUACCGUUUUCGGGCAUAUCAACCAAUUGCCCUUGGAUGCAGUCACUCGAGGUAUGAGGGACAACAGCAGCUGCUCACCUCAACCUGCCCAGUCGGUGAACAAGGCGAGUCGCCACAUUUCUGGGAGUUCCAAUCCUCAACCCCCAAUCGGUCCCGACAAAGGCUUCCAAAAUUCCUUGAUUGUUUGUAACCCGCGUCAUCAACCAGUCACUGGACCGGGCUUAUCCCCAGCAACGCGCCCGGCUGGUCCCCCAGACAUAGAUGCAUGACUGUAUAUAUCACGUUGAUCAUUUGCCGCCCAAAACUUUCGGAUUUUGUUGUGCUCUCCUUAUCAUCGAUGGUCGGAUUCACCUCCCUUACUUACCAUUUAGUUGAACUCAUUUCUUUUCACUUGUAUCUUGUACAUAAGUCGCCCGUGAUCCUUUACAUCCGCCAUACCACUAACCUGUUCAUCAGAUACUGUACGCGGCAUUAGUUGGCUCUAAGUUCGCCGCCAUCAGAGCAUUCGUCUUUUCACCUGAGUUUGCCUUUACUUCUUGAAGGUGCCCUUCGAUCUCUGACCUUGUGGGCUGCUUCGUGAAUAUAUUACCUCGGCCUCCCGAGUUUAUGUCGCGUAUGGGUUUUUUUCAGUUAUUGACCUGUAAGAUUUUUUUCUUUCUCUACCCCAUGACGGCUACCCUUUGUUUGUAUAAAGAGUAGCUUGUUACUAAGCUGUUGAGUAGACGUAAAUACUCCUCUGAUUGCAAUUUUAAUUUCAG